AUUACCUCACUGUGCGGACACAUACACCAGAACAAUUCAAGUAUAAUCCUGUUGAAAGGGAUAUAGCAACACUAUCUAGAAAAUUGGCAGGUAUUACUCUACCAAUCGAUUACUUUAGAACACAUUUAGAUAUACAAG